GCAAAUAACAUAACAGAUCUCAACUUCCUCUCUCCUCUCUCUCUCUCUCUCUCGACGAGUGUUGGUUUUAGCACAGAAUACUGUUUGUUUUGAAAUCACAUAAUAAACACCAGAAAAAAAAAAAAAAAAAACUUUUCUUGUGAUUAGAAUAGUCAAAACCAGUCCAAGGUCUCUCUUUUCUUUUCUUUUUCUUUCUUUUUUUUUUUUCCCUUCAAACCCCAUGUUUUUCCAAACUUUCCAAACUUUGGUUUCUUUGGUUCUUUAUUGUCUUCUGGGGUUGCCUCAUCUCCAAGGGAAGAACAUAUAGAAGAAACUGAGGAAACUUUUGUUUGUUUCUUGCCCAAGUUGAGUUCUUCAUUAGGCCUCAUAACAAGAUCAAGUAUAUAUCUAUAAACAUAAAUAUACAAUAUAUAUAUAUAUGUACAUGUAUAAACAACAAUGGAGCCAAUGAAGACAAAGAUGAACAGGAUGUUCUGUUCCUCAAACAAGAGUUCAGUAGGUGGUGAAGGAGGUCCCAGUGUCGGACAAUGGGAGAUUAGGCCCGGUGGAAUGUUGGUCCAAAAGCGAAAUUCCGAUGUCAAUCAAACUUCUGCUCCAAUUUCCACCAUUAGAGUUAGAGUCAAAUAUGGCUCUUCAUAUCAUGAAAUCUACAUCAGUUCACAAGCAAGCUUUGGUGAGUUGAAGAAGAAGUUGGCAGGACCAACUGGAUUGCAUCCACAGGAUCAGAAGCUGAUAUUCAAGGACAAAGAGAGGGAUUCCAAGGCCUUUCUCGACGUCGCGAGGGUCAAAGACGGAUCGAAGAUCGUCUUGGUUGAAGAUGUUGUGAGCAAAGAAAAAAGGUGUUUGGAGACGCUUAGGAAUGCCAAGGUCGAAAAGGCUUCGAAAUCGUUGGCGGAGAUCAACUUGGCAGUGGACAAGCUUCAAGGGCAGGUCACAGCCUUGGAAGCAACAGCUUGUAGAGGUGGGAAAGUGGCAGAAGUUGAAGUGGAGAAGUUGAUUGAAAUGUUGAUGUCAAAAUUGAUUCAAUUGGAUGGGGUUGUUGCUGAGGGAGAUCUAAAAAUGCAGAGAAGAAUGCAGGUGAAAAGAGUUCAGAAGUACAUUGAAACUCUUGAUAUGGUAAAGCUACAAAAUGCCAAGUCUAGCGCCGCAGAAGGCAGAACUCGUGACCGGGGGCAAGAGAAUUCGGUUAACAACAAGUUGAAGCCGGUGCAUAAGACGAUGCAGCAGCCGCUAAAUCAAGGGAAUUACACAGCACAAAAGCCAGUGUUUCAGAGACCAUUGAAGCAUUCUGAGAAUGUGGUGGUAACAACAAAAUGGGAGACUUUUGAUUGAGGGUGUCAAAGCUUCUUUCAAUUACACCCUUCAAUUAUAUGGUCCAAAUUUUACACAUUGGCUUGUUACACAUAUGAAGUACCAUUCUUGGUCAUCCCUCUUCUAUUAGUUUAUUUUUCAAUUUUUCUUUCUGUCAAAAAGAAUUUCUCAGUCUAGGAAAGUCCAAGGUUCUGGUUUAUAUAUUCUUUUGGCUGUGGGGAUAAUUGGCUCUUAGCAAUUUGUAUAUACUGGCUAUAGUGGAUAAGGAAAAAGGAUAAGGGAAAAGUGGCAAAGUGGGGU